UUUUACUACGUAGUCUUUCUAUUUGCGGCUUUUAUUGGUGCCUCUGUUCGUGGGACUCGUCGUCGUGGUCGUCGUCGGGUUUUUGUGUUGUAUAUUGGAACAGAAGAAACAGUUGAAAAAUUAUCAUAAACCUCUCACGAAAGUCCUGAGUGCUGUUUUGAUUCCUUUAAGAGCGGUGUACGCGGUUUGCGGUUCUCGGUAUCUGGUAGAUACGUUUUUUGGUCUUUUUAACGAAUUCGUGUUGUGUGCACAAUCCUAUGUCGCAUAUACAUACCAACAAUUUUAAUUACAUACAUAUGGGUACCUAGGUACAUACAUACAUGUAUUUGUAUGCAAAAAUGUGCAGUUCAAACUAAAGAAGGAGCUGCAGCAUCCGCAGUGCUUCUUCGUUGGGCAUGUGUAACGUAUUACGUGUGCGUACCUUGUACCUAUGAACGAAACACAUACUAACAACGCGUUUGGCACUUGACCUAUUUUGGCAUUACCUAACUUUAUACAAAGGACUACAAAAUGGGAAUCGAAUUGAUAGAUAGAGCAUCCUUCGAUUAAAGGACGCAAACUGUCAUCUCUAUAAAACGGACGUUUUCAUAUAUAUUUUAGGAAAUGCAAGUGGAAAGUAAAGAAAUCCCACUGAUAAGUAGUUCCUUCACAUACGCGCCUGAAGUAGAUUCUUCAAUUAUUUUACAACUAACUCCCACACGAGCCACAAAAGAACUAAGCAGAAUUCUAAACGUUAUCAUCGAAUUUGCAGAACUUAUCCUUCAAGAGAAGAAACCGAAUAAGAGUGAAAGUAAUAGUAAAAGUCGUCUAAUGGCAUCUAAAGUGGAUAUUAACUUGGCCACAACAGUUGGUACAGUGCCGCCUCCAUCGUCAUUUUUGAGCAGUACGCCUCCAGUUAGUGGUAGCAACUAUGCCUCUCUUCUACCGGAAUCGAAUAGAAAACGCCAAAAAUUGUCCACCACGAAUCAAGAAGAAUCCAACAGUUGCGAUGGUAAUACCAAUCCUAAAUUGGAUGCAACUAAAUCGGACAUAAAGUCUGAGGAUUAUCAAGAAAUAGACACUAUCGAAAGGACAUUGAAUGUAGAUAUUUUAGAGAAGAACACAUCAUCCAAAAAUGAGUGCUAUGUCGCGCCAGAGCAAGCUUUGGUGACAAGCGUAGAGCUAGUGGUUCCAGCUCCUCCUCCGGCAGGAGACUUAGAGUUGGAGUCAAAGCCUAACGCUGAUGGUCUGUAUAAUAGCUCUAGUAGUAGUUCCUGCGAUUCGUCAAGAUUAUUAUUAUUACCAAACGAUAAAAUUGAUGGUUGUGUAAAUGACUCUUCUUCCAGUUUGAAUAUAAGAAUUCCUACUAAAUUAGCAUUAACAACGACAACAACGGGUGAUAUUCUGCUGUCCGAUAGGAGAUCUUCACUGUGGACACCUCACCAAGAUCAGUCUGGCAACACCCCGGAUGACACCAACAAGCCAGAGAUUGUAAAUCAUGUAAGUCCCGAGUUGCCAUAUCAACUGCAUCAUCGGCACUCUGAACUUUUGCUUCAAAUCGAAAAGGAUAACACGGAAACAGGAGCUUUUCCAGUGCCAUUGCAUCAGCAUGUCCAACAUAACGCUCCAACACAGGAGCAACAAUAUGGACGAUCAACGGAUGCCAAUUCUAUAGAUGGCCAUUUGCGCAAUAGUUUUUAUGCUCAGAUGUUGCAGCAGCAACACUUUCAACAACAAAAUCAACACCAACAACAAAGUAUGCAUGAGCAGAGUCUGAGACACCAGCAACAGAAUGCAACAAGUUACGACAACUAUAAUGCUCCAUUAUUUCAUAACGGUCCAUUAUUUGGUACACCACAAAGUGAUCAUCAUCUUCGCCAGCAGCAACAACAAACAUUGGAAGGUCACGGGUUACUAGAUCAAUCGGCAUCUGUUUCUCACCAGCAACACCAACAGCAAAUACAGCAGCAUCACCAACAGCAACUGCAUAAUCAAAAUCAGCAUCAACACCAACUCCAACAGCAACAUCAACAACAACAUCAACAACUUCACCAGCAACAUCAACAGCAACAUCCACAGCAAAAUCAACAUCAGCACCACCACCAACAACACCACCAUCAUCUUCAACAGCAUCAUAUUCAACAACAGCAGAAGCAACAGCAAGAGCAUCACCAAAAACGACAAUUGCACGAAACCUAUAACGAUCUCAUUAUGGAAGAUUUUCACGAGGAACCCAGCUCGACCUAUAAACUAACACUUUCACCGAACAACGUUAAAUCCGAAAAUCAAGACGAUGGAUAUGAGACAAGUGCCGGCGAUGUUCUAACCCCAAACUCGCACAGUUCGUCGACCAAUUCGGUGACGCCGCAGCAUCAAAUGCCACAACAUCUAAGCAUCGGAAUAAUGUCUCACAUUUCCAACCAGAAGAAAUCCGAUGACCAACUGUUGUUGCUAUCAAAGAAUCCCAUCAACAACGAUUCAGGUGCUCCCCCCACAACACCCCUUGCUCAUUCUCAUGGUCUUGAUCUGGGCAUGUCGACGGCACAAUCUGCCCAAUGCCCAAAUCCCACCACAACUGCCGUUGAUCCAUUCAGUUUUAUGGGUGAGGAAAUGCGCAGCGUGCUUUCAUCGCCGGCAGCCCAUCAUCGACACAUGGAGAGUACAGCUUUAGGACCUCCGACGUGUUAUCCGACAGAAUCAGGGUCAGGAAUAGAGACAGGGCCAUUAUCAGUGCCAAGUGCCGGUGAAGAUAUUUUUCAGCAUCCGCCGCAACAUGUUAAAAAUAAUGCAGAAAACUCGAAUAACUCCAAGCCAACGCCAAAAAAAAGGGGACGAAAGAAAAAAAUGGUUACUAUAACUGAAGGUACGACUGAAGCAGCCAUGACAGUGCAAGUAACUAAUCAGGACGCCCUUCCUCCUGUUAGCGAAGAUUCCUCUGGUGAUCUGCUACAAACUCUAAAACCGAAGGAACGGAAAAAGCACGAUCGUUUUAAUGGCAUGUCCGAAGAUGAGGUCAUCAAAAGGACAAUACCCGAUCAUCUGUGUGAUAAUCUUGAUAUCGUUAUAGUCGGUAUAAACCCUGGUUUAUUUGCUGCUUACAAGGGCCAUCACUAUGCAGGGCCUGGCAAUCAUUUCUGGAAAUGCCUUUACUUAGCGGGUCUCACCCAAGAGCAAAUGAGCGCCGAUGAAGAUCAUCAAUUGCUUAAGCAGGGCAUAGGUUUUACGAAUAUGGUGGCUCGGGCCACUAAAGGUUCAGCUGAUCUAACGCGAAAAGAAAUCAAAGAGGGAAGUCGGAUUCUUUUGGAAAAGUUGCAAAGAUUUCGUCCGAAAAUUGCCGUCUUUAAUGGGAAGUUAAUAUUUGAGGUCUUUUCCGGCAAAAAGGAAUUUCAUUUCGGCAGACAAUCAGAUCGUGUAGAUGGCACUGAUACCUACAUUUGGGUAAUGCCAUCAUCAUCGGCGAGAUGCGCUCAAUUGCCACGCGCCGCCGAUAAAGUACCAUUUUAUGCAGCAUUAAAAAAAUUCCGUGACUUCUUAAAUGGUUUAAUACCACAAAUUGAUGAAUCAGAGUGCGUGUUUACAGAUCAGCGGAUUAGACAGUGUAGCGAGCAACAGCAGCAGAAUAUAGACAACAAAGGCAAUCAGUCUGCACUCUCCUUUGUAGAUAAUUGUGGCAGCUCAACCUCUAUUGCUGGGGACUGUGGGGGUAAUCCUGACGUUCCAGAUCCCUUACCUUCUAAUAAAUUAAUGCCAUCGCACAUGAUUUCGAACGAUAAUCCUUAUAACAACGAUACGGCAGAUAGUCCCAUGAGACAUCCAAGCAAUUCUACAUCGUAUCUGACAGUGUUUGGACACCAAUCCCUUCCGCAGCCACAACCCGUGGAGAAAAAAAAACGUGGUCGUCCCAAAAAAAUAAAGGGACAGCAAGAGCUAAUUAUGGAUCAUCGUGCGCCUCAGUAUAACCAUCAUCAUGACUUCAAUAAUAUACUUAAUCUCUCUGUGGUUGAAACACCCAAAAAGAAACGUGGCAGGCCAAAGAAACUAAAGCCCACCGCUAGCCUUGAUAGUAUAUUGGACAACAACAAGCAGUUGUCAAACACCAGCAACCCAUUGUCUGCUGCAGUACAUUCACUGGAUCAACACACAACAACAACAACAACGGAUGCCUCGCCCCCACAAGGCAACAAUCAUCAGCAAUUGCCGCCCAGUCUGUACAAUACUCCGCCACCAUCGCACAUCCUGUACACCGCAUCGGCCUCACCGAUGGCCUCACCCGCCUGUAAUUAUACGCAGGUUCAUACCCACGGGACUCCCACUGCGGUGGGUGUCCAGGGGGCGUCUCCCAAUGAUCAUUUAUUAUUGGUAAAGCACGGAUCUUCUCAUGAGCAACAACCGCAUUUGGGCGAAACGCCGCCACCUAGUUCCCCGAAUAUGUGCGGUGCAGUAGACUUCGAGCAGCUGCCGGAGAAUCAGUCAGAGUCCAAAAAGGUUACAGCGCUGACUGUGGAAAAGGAGGAGUACAAUGACAGUCCCUCACAUGAUCCAGACACAGCCCAAAUCCAAGUUCCAGUCCAUUCAAAUGAAAAUCACUAUCACCAGCAAUGGCUUUCGUCUCCGCAUCAUCAUAGUCCUCAAAGCAAACAGUUGCCUCCCCCACAAAUACAGCAUUAUCAUCAGCAGGAACAGACGGAACAUUGGCAGCGUGGUUACGAGGAACAGAACCCCCAGAAUCAACCCAAUCCCUAUUUAUUAAUCUCUUCCGCACACCAACCUAAUCAACACUUAAGUCCAAGGAACACCAACUUUGGUUCUGAUGUGGCCCGCAAGAGCUUGUGUGGCUUGGAGUCAUUAGUUGAUCAAAUCCCUGCCAUCAGAGAGCAUGAUGAGUCCAUGUCAGCGACGGCGCAAGCGGCAGCUGCUGCUGUUGAAAGUCGCUUAUUAGGUUUGCAGCAACAGCAACACCAAGGUAAACGCUGCAGUCAAGAUGAAGAGUCCUCUGGCACUUCCGAUAAUAACAAUGUGAUUAGUAAUAACAACUUUUCGGUCUCGAGUCUUGUGGCUGUCAAAACGGAUAACGAUAAUCUAUAUCUCAAUAACAGUGGUGAACACCGUGGAAACGCAGGUGAAAAUCACGCAAACACCAACACCAACAUGGAAUAUUAUCAUCAUCAGCAUCAUGUCGUGACUCCUCAUCUGAUUAAUAGUUCAGAGCCAAAUCUCCAGCAUUCACAUGGAUUUUCUUCUCACUCUCAUCCGCAUUCUUCUCCUCACACUCAUUCUUCUCCUCAUUCACAUCCCUCUCCCCACUCACAUCCUUCUCCCCAUCCUAAUGCACAUCCCCACUCAUCUCCUCACUCACAUCCCAUGUAUAUGGAGCUCAACCACUUGAGCCACAUCCCCACACUGAAUGUAAACUCGACAGUUUACGCUUCAACAGCCUAUGGCUCACAUCUGCAACAUAGCACAGGAUCAGGGUCAGGAUCAGGGGAAUACACAACAGGAGCUAGCCAUCAUGGACAUUUUAGUCCAGUUCAGGUUCAGUGUUCCUCAACGAGCUCUACACCAACCCUACAUGUACCGAGCCCCAAUUAUCCUUUUCAUCAUCAUCCUUACGGAGGCCAUACGGCACCACAAGCCUCCUAUCCAAGUUAUGUACACCCCUCGCAUCAUGGUCACCAUCACCCGCCGCCACCACCACAUCAUCAUCCUCUGAGCGUUUUUGAUCACUUGAAACCGUCCGAUAUUGGUGGUUAUGGCAGUUUUUGAUUAAAAAUCGACAAAGAACUAAUGAAACUUGAAGCGGAAACUGAAUCAUCGCAACGAUCUAUCGAAUAUACAGGCUUGAAUGUGGCUCUUUAAUCGUUAAUCGUCAAUCGAUUAUAUUUAAUCGCAAAUAUCCGGCGUAAAAAAAAACGGCCUCAACCCAAAUUGUCGCAUCUCCAGCAAUAUUUAUCAAUCUCCGGCCUUGCCGACCCUUUCUACUUUUUAAAGAACAUUUUUUAGAGUUUUAGACCUUAUAUAAAAUAUAAAAAAUAUAGAAAAAUAAGAAUAACCAAAGACUCCGCCUAAUAUAUAUAAUUUUUUAAGCGUUACAUUACAUUACAAUAAUAAAUACUACAUAUAUAACAAUAACGAUAACGAUAUUAUAUACGUAAACAUACAGGAAAAACUAAAAUAUGAUUAUAAGUACUUAAUUAUUAUUUAACUCAAAAGGAUUUACAAAUAAUAAAACAAGAAGACAACAUAGUUUACCCGUAAAUCGAAAAUAAAGAAAAUUUCUUAAGAA